AUGUUACGUCGACAAGCCUUUGCGUGUGCUCGUCGUACGGCUCGAACACUCACUACUUCGGCGUCAGCUGCCAAUCCGCGGUCGACUAGAGCUGCAAUAAAUCCAUCUCCUGCGAUAACAGCCGGGCGACGGCUGUAUGCGUUUGCCUUUGGUGUUGGGGGAGUCACACUUGGUCUUGUUGGCUACAAGCUCUUGCCACGUGGGGGCGAGUCCCACCAGCAGGAUAUCCCAAUUGAACUCUCUGGUCGGCUCAUUCCGUUCAGCGAGGUCCAGAAACAUAAUACUCGCGAUUCAUGCUGGGUUGUUAUCAAUGGCGAAAUAUAUGACGUGACUGGGUUCCUCAACGAUCAUCCCGGAGGAAUUGGCCCCAUUCUCAAGGUCGCUGGGUCCGAUGCAACUCGUGUAUUUGUCCCGAUUCACCCGCCCGAUACGCUCUCAACGCUGCCGCCCACAUCCCACGUUGGCACUGUCGACCCUACAACACUUCCCGCUCAGUUAACUCAACUCACUGCCGAGGAAUUGAGGAUAAAAGAGGCUAGGGCGAAUCUACCGUCACCAGAAGCCGCUAUCAAUCUUGCGGAUAUUGAAAAACUCGCUCAAACAGUUCUUACUCAGACAGCAUGGGCUUAUUAUCGUAGUGCUGGAGAUGAUGAGUUUUCGUACCGUGAAAACAACUAUGCCUUCCGCCGGUACUGGUUCCGUCCUCGAGUGAUGAACAAAGUAUCCGAAAUUCAAACGUCUACCACAAUUCUCGGUAUUCCGACUUCUCUUCCCAUCUUCGUCUCGCCUGCUGCACUGGCACGAUUAGGCCACCCUGACGGUGAAGUCGGCAUCACACGCGGCGUUGCCUCCGAAGGUAUUAUCCAGGGCGUAUCAAUUAACGCAUCCUGCUCGUUAAAUGAAAUAAACGAUGCACGAUCCACCGACUUUUCUCCAUCCUCACUCUCACACUCUACUUCGCCCGGUCAAACACACUCUUCUGUCACCCCUGCGACAACCACACAAAAUCCAGAUGCCUCCUCCCAACAGCCACUUAUCUUCCAAAUCUACCUCAACAAACAACGCGACCUCUCCAAAUCGCUUUUGCAAAAGUCGAAUCAAUGGGUUUCAGAGCAUAGGCGAACAAAAGAUGAGGGAAAGUUUACUGGGCCAGCCCAGUAUGGAACCGGAACUGGGGAGGCAGGGAAGAAGACGCAAGGGGUGGCGCAGGCCAUUUCGGGCUACCAAGACCCGGACGUGUGCUGGGACGAUAUCGCGUGGAUUCGGAGUAUAACCAAACUCCCUCUUGUGGUCAAGGGAAUUCAAUGUGUUGAAGACGCUGAAAAGGCUUAUGAGCACGGAGUUGAAGGCAUUGUGCUCUCGAAUCACGGAGGACGUGAACUUGACUUCUCUCCAGCACCAAUAGAUAUCCUCCAUGAACUCCGCCAAAAGCGACCGGACAUUUUCAAAGAUGGACGCAUGGAGGUAUUUAUUGAUGGCGGGAUUCGACGUGGGACCGAUGUGCUCAAAGCACUCUGUCUGGGUGCGAAAGCCGUCGGAUUGGGCCGUCCUUUCUUGUAUGCGAAUGCAGCGUGGGGUGAAGACGGGGUGAGGAGAUGCGUGCAAAUUAUGAGAGAGGAAAUUGAGACGGGAAUGCGUCUCCUUGGCGUUACACGGGUAGAAGACCUUGGCCCACACCAUGUCAAGUACAUGGAUCGCGAACCAGCGCCCAUCCCAAGAACUGAUUCUCCAUGA